AUGCUUUCUACUGCGAGGCGUGCUUCCGCUCCUCCACUUCGGCGCUCCUUGGGGACCACUAGACACGGUAGCAGCAAUGCAUCAGCAUCUACGCGGCCGCCUACAUGGUGGAUGCAAACAAGAUCGUCAGUAAAACAAAAGAACACCAUCAGAGUCAUCGCGGGAGGCGCUGGCGUGGGAAUCAUUGGGCUGAUGUUGGCGGGGCGGGCUGAUUCAACGUCAACGGAUGAUCCUCGAGACCUGAGAGCUCUAUCUUCGGUGCCUUUAAGUAAGCUCUUUUCAGGAUGGAUUGCAUUUGCGUUUUGCUCCUGGCCGGCCUGGGUCAACGCAAGCGAGUCUCUCUACAACUUCAUGUCCAAGGUCCCCAUCAUCUCCGCCAUUACGCACAAAUUCGUCAUGGGCACAUUCUUCAACCAGUUCCUUGGCGGAGAAACGACUGUGGAGUGUAUUCCAAAGAUCAAAGCGCUUCGCCAAGAGAAUAUCGGCACUCUGCUUGGCUACAACAUCGAAGCUGAGCUGGACGGCUCCAGCAAGGAUCCCGACCUGAUCCUCGCCCAAACUCAGCACGUGCUCUCCUCCAUCGAGGCGCAGGGGACACUCGCCAGGGAGUUUUGGCCAGAUACCGCUGCCACCGGAGGCGACAACAGAUGCUGGGUCAGGAUCAAGAUCACCGGCCUUUUGCCUCAUCCCGUUGCGCUGUACAAUGGGUCCGAGGCAAUUCUGGCCGCAAGAGGCGCAAGAGGUUUGGAUGAGCAUGUACCGUAUCCAGGUCUGCCCCACGACGGCGACUGGGACGCCGCGCUAAAAGGCGUCACCCAGACUGACCGGGAGCAGCUCCUCAGGCUCCGGGCCGCUAUGGAGACCAUCGCGGGCAAGGCACGAGAUAACGACGUGCGCAUCGUCAUUGACGCGGAACAGACCUGGUACCAGCCGGUCAUUGAUGCUCUCACGGACGAGCUGAUGCAGAAAUACAAUGCCUUGGAUGGCGGUCCAGCGACCUGCAUCGCCUCGUUCCAAGCCUACCUGCGACGCUACCCGCAACUACUCGACCAACAGAUCCAGCGUGCGGAUGAAAAGGGCUACAAGCUGCUCUUUAAGCAGGUUAGGGGGGCGUACAUGGUGACCGAGGCAGAGAGAUGGGAGAGAGAGGGCCAUGAAGGGCCAGGCCCGGUAUGGUCGACCAAGGAAGAGACGGACGCGAGCUACGACUACGGCAUGGAGAGGGCGCUCUCGACUAUUGCGGAGCAAGUGCGCGAGACCGGGGCGUCCAGAUUAGGGGCGGUCUUUGCCACGCACAACUCCAUCAGCGUCGAUCUCGGGAUCCGAUUGCUGGAGAAGUACGGGCUGGCCAAGCGGCAGGAAGAGAAUGGAAAGCUCCUGCUUUCGAAAGAGGCGGCGGGAAGUAUUGCUUUUGCUCAGUUAUACGGAAUGAAGGACGACCUCACAAACAAGAUCACCGGAUCUAUCGAGGCACCGGGAGGCUUCGCGCUGGUUGUCAAAUCCAUGAGCUAUGGCGACCUGCGCGAGUGUCUGCCCUUUCUCGCCAGGAGAGCGACGGAAAACAAGGCGGUUCUUGAGGGUAGGGGAGGCGCAAUGGCUGAGCGGAUUCGACUCGGUCGCGAGAUUCGCAGGCGGCUUACUCCCCUGAAUUAG